AUGUACCUCCGAGCUGUCCAUGCAGAGUCCUCCACCAAGGCUCUUUUCGAAUUCAUCACGGCCAAUCCUUUGGGUAUCAUCACCACCGCCAUCCCUUCCACCACCCACCAUUUCCUCCAAUCCAGCCAUGUACCAUGGGUGCUUGACGUUUAUACCGACGACCCCGAGGCACCUGUCCAGGGCCGUCUACGAGGCCACAUGGCCCGGCAAAAUCCACAAUCUAUAGCCAUGAUGGAAGCAUGUACAAACUCCGGCACAACAGAAUUGCAACAGGAUGUCAUGAUCCUCUUCACUAGUGCCCAUCACCACUACGUUACACCCAAAUUCUACACAGAAACCAAGCCUGAUACGGGCAAGGUAGUACCAACCUGGAAUUAUGCUGCCGCGCAAGUCUACGGCAAGGCUACUAUUUACUUUGACUCGUCGGUUGCGGAGACAUCGGAGUAUCUUUCGCAGCAGAUCCAUGAUCUCUCGCGGAUGUGCGAGACUUCUGUUAUGGGAUAUACGGGUAAAGAUGGAAAGCCGGGGCCGUGGAGUGUGUCUGAUGCGCCGGAGCGGUAUAUUGAGAUUAUGAAGAAGAAUACCAUUGGCAUUGAAGUUGCUAUUGAGAGUAUUGGGGGGAAAUUCAAAAUGAGUCAGGACAAGGGGCAGGGUGAUCGGGAAGGAGUUAUUCAGGGAUUUAGUAACCUUGGUUCGGAUGUUGGCACUCAUAUUGCAGAGCUGGUCAAGGAGCGAGGGGAGAUGAAAGAGGCCGAGAAGAAUAAGCAAUUAUAG